AUGACUAUCAUCAUUGAAGACUACCAGUUACCCGACGAAACCCACAACCUCUACGAUGUCAACUUCUGCAACGAUAGGAUCCACACACUGGUCACACACAGUCCCUCCUACGUCGACAUGUGGAUUUACGAAACUGAAUCGAUCCACCACCGUCGUCUCCACCGUCUCAUUGUCGGCCUCGACGUCGAGUGGCGUCCCAACUUCAAUCGCUACGUCGAAAACCCAGUCGCCACUCUCCAACUCUGCGUGGGUCGUCGCUGUCUCAUCUUUCAACUGAUCCAUUGCUCUGAAAUUCCUCAGUCUCUUGUGGAUUUUCUUGGAAAUUCCAACUAUACUUUUGUGGGUGUUGGGAUUGAGAGCGAUGUUGAGAAGUUGAUGGGGGAUUAUGGUUUGGGGGUGCUCUUUACUGUUGAUGUGCGUGGCUUGGCGGCCAAUGAUUAUGAUAUGAUAGAGCUUCGCAAUGCUGGGUUGAAAGAUUUGGNACAAUUUUUUUCUAUUUCUUUUUAUUCCCAGUUGAGUCAACGGUUAAAUCAAUUAACCAUCAACCCUUCACAAUUUGACGACAUAACAUUGAUUCAGACCCCAUCCAAACAAGGGCCCACUGGCCCACACCAGGACGCUGCGCGUGACUGUGGUCUCCAACAAUUCCCAUCAGUACAACAAUCCCCUUUUACUGUUGCCUCUGUUCCCUUGACUUCCGGUAUUCUUUCACCUUUCAAACCUCUCUUUCCUUUCCUCCUUCUCUCCGCUCAGAACCCCUCUUCUCUCUCAUACUCUCUCUCUUUCUAA